UAUUAUUCGCUUACAAUGUAUCGAUCAAGGGCAGCCGUGAAAUCAAAAAGUGCUCGAACUCUGACGCGGUUCUCCCUAGAUGGCCUUUGGCUUUCACUCGGCAUCAAUUUGUCCACUGAAUUGAAUUCUGUCCACGUAACGACUCCCGCAGACGUCGAACCGAUUUUAUUAUCCAAGAGUUUCACCUUCGAAUCACCAAAUGGCGUCCGUCGCAAAAUUCCCGUAACGCCCGUCCUCUCCACCGGACCCAAAAAAUCCAAUCAACAUCACGACACUCUUCAUUAUCGACACGGAACUUUGGUAUUUCCAUCGGACAUUGUUGUCCAGCCAUCGGCAAAGGCCAUUGACUCGUCCAGCCUUUUAACUUCCGUAUUGAACUCGCCAAGUCAAAGUCCGUCGGAGGCGGUGAUGAGUCCGGCCGCCAGCAGCCCACCGAUAAUCCAGUUCAGCCAUCCAGCAGCGAUUUUCAAUCAGUUCAUCGUGUCGCUCGUCGAUCACAGCGUUUUGAAGUUGUGCCAAGAUGGUGACGCUGGCGCCUUGUCCCGAUACCUCAGCCUCCACCACGACAAAGUUUCAGCCAGAAAUUUAAAUGCCACAGAUCAAACGGGAAAAUCAGGUUUGUUGCAUGUGGCAAUGACAGGAAAUGUGGCCAUCGGCCGUCUUUUAAUCAAAUUACCUGGCCUUGAAGUCAAUUUGGCUGAUAGCGAGGGUAACACUGCCCUUCACCUGGCCUCACAAGCAGGUCACGCAGAUGUCGUUAGUCUACUGACAUUGUGUCCAAAUUUAUCCAUCGACAUACGUAACAACGCCGGCCUUACUGCUUUAAUGAAAGCUGCUUUGCAAGGCCGAGUUCGAUGCACUCGGCUGCUUCUAUUGGCCGGAGCUUCGCCCGUCCUGAGAGAUUUCGGCCGGGGAUUAUGUUCGGUGGAAUGGGCCCGUCUGACGGGCCGUACUAAAUGCGCUGAAAUUAUCGACAAGUACAUGGACAAGAUGCAAUUGAAUCCCGGACUGGGAUUGAAAACGUUUCAUCACGGUGGAGUUGUAGCCUCUUCUGAGCCAAGCCUCCAGCAAUUCUCUAAACGCUCAUCGCUCGUCCUCCUCCCAUCGGGCAAAACCAAAGACUCUUGGGUUAAAAAUACGCUGAAAAAAGCCAUUCGAAUUGUAAGCGGUGGAGGAUCGGAUCAAAAUGGAAACAGUAAAGGAUUGACGUUUAGCAUUGCGUCUCAAUUGACGGGCAGUGGAGUCAUGGGCGCCAGUGUUUUAUUGCCCGGCGAUCCGUCUCGAAGAUCUUCCAUGCCCGUCUUGCCUACAAAUAACUCGGGCGGAGCUGCUGGUUUUGUUGCCGAACUGUUUGAUCGACAUCGUUCACAAGGUCGUUCGCAAUCGCAUCAUCCGCCGACCUCUUUCAACGUGCCCAGGAUUCAAGUCUCUUACUGGAACAAUACGGUGGGAGGCAACAUCCCUCCACCGCCGUCCAGCACACCGAAAAUUAUACCGGGCGAAAUGAGACCGCAAACGAGUAGCCGCAACCGGCAACGUUCAAAGAGUUCAACUCGAUCCUGAAAUGUUUUUAAUGGGAAGGUAAAUCUUGAAAAUUGAAAAACAGAUGAUUGUGAGUAAAAUGUGUUGAAAAUAUGUAAUGUGAUGGAUGUCCAUAAACCAAAACAAAACGACAAA